CAAAGCGAUCGCGCAGUGAGCGGAGCGCGAGAUGUCACCGAUUCUGUCAUAACAAUCUAUUUGGUAAUAAAGGUCUGUGGUGUUGGUGAAGCCAUGCCUCCAACCAGUACGAAAGUAAAAGGCAAUUCUUGCAAGAAGAGGGAUCGCUGUUACUGGAACACAAGCUGGAGCAAUAGCCUGAAAGAGAUCCGUUGCCUUCUUCCUGUUUCUGAGCCAGCAAGUGGGCGUUCUCUUUCUAAGAAAGAAACUUUAAUCCACAUGCUCCAAUACUUCGACUUUCUCCAGACACAUAUUCAGAGAUUACAGGACAACCUCCCUCCCCACUACCUUCCAGAAAGCAAUGUCAGAGAUGAGUCUAAUUCAGAGAGCGAAGACACAGCUCACUCAGAGCCCAGCACUCCUCCACGCAUAUUAAAAGCCAAGCGCAAAUAUAGUUGCGGCCGCCCCCGCAAGAAAGACACUCUGAAUUCAGAACUGUUUGAUGACAACAUUCAGACUCUCCAUAAAGAAGAUGCUGAUGAAAAUGUAAUGACUAUCACAAAAGGAGAAUGCACACAAGCUACUGAUGAAACUUUGUGUUCUUUCGAGGACAACAGCUCACUUCCAUGCUCUUCUGAUUCCAACUACAGUGUCAGUGCACUUCUGCCAACUACCUCUUCUUCCACAACAGAAAGCAGUGUGGAUCAGGAAUCACCUUGUCAUGGAGUAGGAAGCCAGUGCUCUCUCUGUGAUGAUAGGACAGGAAGUGAAAAUGGAAGUCAGGGAAGCAAGGAGCUAAGUUCUCCCCUAUCAGGGUCAUUUGUUUUGAAAGACCGGAUGUUUGGAGUUCUUCCUCCUUCGGGCAAAAAUCAUUUUGAUGAUAGUCCUACGCUCCCACAGACACCUCUGCUGCCAUUUCUGCCACUGCUGGGAUUUCGAGAAGGGCUGAAUCUCAGUCCCUCUCUACUCACAUCACCAGCUCGAGGACUCAGUCACACACUGCUACCUGAGGGACAGGAGGAACUACAGACAUUAUUUGAAGAUGUGUGGGUCACUCCUAAACCUACUGCUCCAAAGCACUGCACGAAUGGCAAUGACGGACAUGCCUGCACUCAAUGUGAGGAAGAGGACAGAUGUUCAGAUGACAUCACCUGGACCCCAAAUCAGCGUUCCCAUGUUAAGAAGAAAAGCAAGAGGGCCUUUCGUAAAGGGCAGGCUGUUUCAAGCCCAAGCCAGAAGAAGAAGUGUGUGAAUGGUUUUAUCAUGUUCUGUCGCAUUAACAGGAGAUUGUAUCUCAGAACCCACCCUGGACUUCCUUCUACUGUAGUGACUAAAGAGCUGGCUAACUUGUGGCACAUCAUGCCUAAACAUGAGAGGCGUGUUUACUGUCUUAAGGCCAGACAAUUCAGUCGUCAACACAACCGGAAUGUGCGCAGUAAAGGCCAGGACGCAGAAGAGGAAGAGGAGGUUUGCAUUCCCAGUCCACUACACAUGUUACUGGCACACAGAAACAUGUGGUUUACCUCCAGUGAAAAGUCCUGAACAUCAGUUUAUGCUCUUACUGCAGCUAUACCAUAUUGAGAUUAGAGUUAUCAAUAAGUGUUUCUAAAAAAACAAACAUAAACAAAAACAUAAAAAAUGGAGACAUUUACAGCUGCUUCUUGGUAGACGAGUAGACAAGCAGUGGAGACAUGUUUGGUCCCUAAAAUUUGUUUCAUUCAUUGUUCAAUUGAAGUCAUGGAAGUUUACAACCACCAGUUUAGCACUGUGUAUAAACUGCACAUCUAUAAAUCACUUAAACCAAUGUGAAAUUGUUUGAUGAAGAAGUUUCUUGAAGCCAAGACUUUUCCUCUGUUUUAUUUUUAUCUUAAUAGAAACAUAUCUAGUAUUAUUAUCUUUUUUAUUAUUAUGAUUAUUAUUAUGUUUAUGUUUAUCAUUUUUAUGCACUACCGUGUUAUUGAGUCAAACAGUGGAUUUUAAGGUGAGUGUGUGAUUCUUUAGCCAGGAUGCUAAACUAGUAGCUAUAAG